CACCACCACCAUCCCAAUCCCCAACGCAAGAGCAAAGCAGCAGCAGCUCCCCUCUAGUAGGUGUCCCCGCGGCUCGCUCCUCCCCCACCCCCCCCGCCCCCGCCCCCGCACGCCACCCAUGGAGGCGCCGCCGGGGCCGGAGCCCAUGGUGCUGGACGCGCCGCCCCCGCUCGCCGCCGCCGUCGUCCCGGCCCACGCGGCCACCGAGAAGACGAGGACGGAGGGGGGCGACCCUGUCACCGGCCACAUCAUCUCCACAACCAUCGGCGGGAAGAACGGCGAGCCGAAGAGGACAAUUAGCUACAUGGCUGAGCGGGUGGUAGGAACUGGUUCAUUUGGGAUUGUCUUCCAGGCUAAGUGCUUGGAGACUGGAGAGACUGUUGCCAUCAAGAAGGUGCUGCAGGAUCGCCGUUACAAGAACCGUGAGCUGCAGCUUAUGCGCUCCAUGGACCAUCCCAAUGUCGUCUCUCUGAAGCACUGCUUCUUCUCGACCACAAGUAGGGAUGAGCUGUUCCUGAACCUUGUCAUGGAGUAUGUCCCUGAGACUCUAUAUCGUGUGCUCAAGCACUAUAGCAAUGCCAACCAGCGGAUGCCGCUUAUCUAUGUCAAGCUUUACAUGUAUCAGCUUUUUAGAGGGCUAGCUUAUGUUCAUACUGUUCCAGGAGUUUGCCACAGGGAUGUGAAACCACAAAAUGUUUUGGUUGAUCCUCUAACCCAUCAAGUCAAGAUCUGUGACUUUGGAAGUGCAAAAGUUCUGGUACCUGGUGAACCCAACAUAGCAUACAUAUGCUCUCGCUACUAUCGUGCUCCUGAGCUCAUAUUUGGUGCAACUGAAUAUACAACUUCAAUAGACAUAUGGUCAGCUGGAUGUGUUCUUGCAGAGCUACUUCUUGGUCAGCCUCUGUUUCCAGGAGAGACUGCGGUUGAUCAGCUAGUGGAGAUUAUCAAGGUUCUUGGUACUCCAACCCGUGAGGAAAUUCGGUGCAUGAACCCCAACUAUACCGAGUUCAGGUUUCCUCAGAUUAAGGCUCAUCCUUGGCACAAGAUUUUCCACAAGAGGAUGCCCGCUGAAGCUAUAGAUCUUGCCUCCCGCCUUCUCCAGUAUUCACCAAAUCUACGUUGCACUGCUCUUGAUGCAUGUGCACAUUCCUUCUUUGAUGAGCUACGUGAGCCGAAUGCACGCUUGCCGAAUGGCCGCCCAUUCCCUCCUUUGUUCAACUUCAAACCUGAACUAGCGAACGCCUCUCCAGAGCUCAUCAACAGGCUUGUUCCGGAACAUGUUCGACGGCAAAAUGGCCCCAACUUCGCCCAUGCUGGGAGCUAGACGGGCGCGCCGCAUCGCCCAUAUUUUUUGUUUGUCCGCCAUCAUCGAAGAAUCAACUCUCUCUCCUAAAUCCUGAGGAGAGACCGAUCCAGUGCCAGUGCCAGUGAAAGAAGUACAACUAUGUAAAUUACCUGACCUUGGAAGAAUCGUUGUUGUUGUUGCCGGUGCCGGCCAUGUUUAAGUACAUGGCGGCACAUGUUGGUUGAGUUGUUACUUAUUAUUAGUAGGUAAGAGCAAUGAUGUAGGAGGUGGAGACAUAUGUUAAUGCUAGGUCUGUGACCUGUUUUAAGUACAUUUUUGUAAUGCUUGGUAGUGGUACUGUAAUGCGGCAGUAGCUGCUCCAUGUUUUGUCCCUUGUCCCUGAUGUAAAUGUCGUCGUCCUGCAGCAAAUGACUCUUCUUCUCUUA